UUUACCUCCCUGGGGCAUACACAAAAUCGCUGUCCAUCUAGCCACCAAUAAUCAGCCUCAAAACCCCUAAUAGAAUACUGGUCAAGGGGUCCUUGAUACUGAUGGGGAUACUCUCUAUUUGUUUACCUUUCUUGAAUCGUUCCUUUCACUUUUCUGCUGCAGUCUGCGCCCCUCCUCUCAGACUCCACUAUCUCUCUCUAAACUUGCAGGCUGCCACCACAUCCCCCAAAUUUAUGUGCCUAUCUUCCCUCUAGACGCCAUUAACACAUAAACUCCACCUCCCCAGAACCCCAUCCCUCCUUUCGUCCCUCCUUCCCUCUCUCUCCAUCUCUCUCGGCGGAGGAAGUUUCAGAAAACUGGCACUCGCAAUCUCCCUUGGCUUGCAUUUAUUUUUACCAGUUGCUCUUCUUUUGGUUUAUGAUGGGGAAUGAAUGACUACCAUGUGACAUGAUAGGCUCUCAUGGCUUCUCUUAACCCAUAUCAUUACUUCACCACCAUCGCCACCUUGCUUUUUAUAGUCCUGCACCAUCUUUUCUGUCCAAUUUUUUGCUUCAAUCAGCCUCAGCCUUCAAUUUCUCGUCGGGACCUUCUUCUUGAGGAGAAAACCAGGCUAGGUUCGAUCCCUCCUAGCUGCCACAACAAGUGCAACGCGUGCCAUCCAUGCAUGGCGGUUCAAGUUCCAACUUUGCCUGGCCACGAGAGGCUCAAGCCGGGUCUGACCCGAAUGGCUCCUAUGGGUUUUUCCGGUCCAUCAUCCCAGAGCAACAGGAGCCAGGAGGAGCGGAGCUAA